AUGCGUGUUGAUCAAUCCAGAACAGCGGCUUCGAAUGGACCUCGAGGAGAGCCGGUGUCUGAACAGACGCCCCUCCUUGGGGAUCGCUCGCCGAAUGAACAAGCGGUGCCUUCGGUAGACUCCGAGGUCCCCUUGGCCGAUGAACCCAGCUCGAAAGAGCUCAUUCUCGUCCUGGGAAGUAUCUGGGUAGGAGUCUUCCUGGCUGCCUUGGACACUACAAUUGUCGCUACUCUCACUGCUCCCAUCUCGUCUUCCUUCCAGUCCUUCACUUUGCUAUCCUGGCUCGCUACCUCCUACCUAAUUUCUAAUGCUGCCUUUCAACCGCUGAGUGGGCGUCUUACUGAUAUCUUCUCUCGACGGACUGGGCUGGUCUUUUCGAAUAUCUUCUUUGCAGCGGGCAACUUGAUCUGUGGCCUGGCCAAAACCGAGGGGACUAUUGUACUGGGGCGCGUCAUCGCCGGUAUCGGUGGCGGCGGACUGACUGCGAUUUCGACCUUUGUCACCUCCGACUUGGUGCCUUUACGGAAACGUGGGGUCUGGCAGGGAAUUGGUAACAUCUGCUAUGGAGCCGGAAGUGGACUGGGUGGUGUCUUUGGCGGUUGGAUCAAUGACACUCUGGGAUGGCGAUGGGCCUUUCUGAUCCAGGUCCCUUUCGUCGUGGUGUCCGGCAUCCUCGUAGCGACCACGGUACGCGUACCGGUAAAGACCACUGACAACGCCAAACUGAAACGGGUCGAUUUCCUCGGAGCUCUCACUCUGGUUGCCAGUCUCGUUCUGCUCCUGCUGGGGUUGAACACUGGAGGCAACCAGGUGCCGUGGACGCACCCGCUCAUUCUUGUCUCGUUGCCGCUCUCCGCGGUCUUCUUUGGCCUCUUCAUCUACGUCGAGGCCAACAUCGCGUCCGAACCGGUCAUUCCUGUCCGGUUGCUUCUGGAUCGCACGGUGUUCUCAGCCUGCCUGACCAACUGGUUCAGCACGAUGGCGGUGUUUGGGCUUUUGUUCUACCUGCCAUUGUUCUUUCAGGUCCAAGGCUUGUCCGCCACAAGUGCGGGUGUGAGACUGAUCCCCCAAGCCAUUGGCACCUCUCUCGGCUCCCUGGGCUCGGGGAUUCUGAUGCGGUCGACCGGACGAUACAAGAUCUUCAGCUAUGUGUCCAUGACUCUGAUGGUUCUCUCCAAUGUGCUGAUCUGCACGCUGACACUCACGACCCCGUCGUGGCUACCCUUCAUCUACUUCUUCCUGAUGGGUACUGCCUAUGGGAGUAUGCUGACCAUUACGUUGGUGGCACUCAUCUCUGCUGUAGACCAUGAGCACCAUGCCGUCAUCACAUCCGCAUCAUACGCAUUCCGCAGCACGGGGAGCACCAUUGGCAUCACCGUUGCCUCUGCCGUGUUCCAGAAUAUCCUCAAAACCGGACUAUGGUCUCGGUUUGGAGAUCGCGAGCACGCUGGCGCGCUGAUUGGACGGAUCCGCGAUAGCCUCGAGGAGAUCAGGAAGCUCCCCGCAGACUGGAUCCCGGGGGUGUUGGAUUCAUACAUGGAUUCUUUGCGCGCCGUGUUUCUGACGUUGCUGGGACUCAGCGUACUGGGGGCGAUAGUCAGUAUGGGAAUGCGCGAGCACAAGCUGCAUUCGAACUUGGCGCGGAGAGAAGAAUAA